UUCCAUGCAUGUGUGUACACUCGUUCCGACAACGACGGGCAAUGUCGCCGUCUCGCCAUCUAUCUCGCCGACCGGUCGCGGAUGCUAAAAGCUCGAAAGACAAACCAAACGUCUCUCUCAACUGAUGGCCUAUACCCGAACUCCCUGACACCGGCACAUCGCCAGGGAAGCACGGGCAUCUGUGAACUGAUAGGUGAAGCACAAGGGAGUAGAUUGUAGAGACCAUUGUGCGCCUGGGGUCGGUCGGGGGAGAGAGAGACCGAAAGAAGCGCCAGCGGUCUGAUGCUGCAGAAAAUUCGCCAUUGUUUGGACAAGCAAGCCAGCGAUAGCGUCUAGAAGCAAAGCAAACUCUUCUGCCCCAUCCUUUCAUCUGCCAGGGGUUUAACAUCUCAACAAUGGCUCCAUCGUUGACCUACGCGAUAUAUCUUCUUUUGAGCAUCCAGAGCACAUCAGCCUUCCAGGUGACCCUGCGUGAUGAGUCCUGGAUAGUCGUGGCCCUCGAGCCGUCGGACCUGAGGGAAAACGUGACGGCGUACGCGGCCCGUGUGUCCGGCGAGCCUCGGACAUACCUGCUGCCCUUCCUGAGCCAGAACCAGAGCCUGAGUCUGAGCCAGUCUGAGCCACUGCUCUUCAACGCUUUCUACCACGGGCUGGCCUACACGGUCGGCCUGCUGCUGGAAAACGGCACCUCCUGGUCCAAACCGGUCAAGACCAGAACCAUCCUCACAAAGCCUCUACCCCUGGACAGUGUGGUAAUCUCAGAUUACAAGGCGUCCCCUGAGACGGGGGUGGUGUUUGAGAUUAACUCACCCGAGAAGAACGUCUUCAGCCGGGUGAACAUCAGCUUCACAGAGGGCCGGGAGCAGCGCUACAUGCUAUAUAAAGACUUCUCCAAGGGAAAAACAGUCUUUAAACACUGGCUACCGGGAACCUGUUACAGCAACAUCACAUUCCAGCUCAUCUCCGAGGCAACAGCCAAUAAGAGCACACUGGUCCGCAAGAGCGAAGUGAGCCAUGAGCCACGGCAUCACAGAACAGUGCCCAACCCCCCGCUGAACAUCUCGCUCAAGGUCGUGCACCUCAACGGGAAGGUGCUGCAGGGGAGCUUGCUGACGGAAAGCUUGUCGGAGGCCGGCGGGCUGCCGCAGCAGCAGCCGCAGCAACAUCAGUACUCGUCCAAACCACGGAAGGCCCGUGACGUGCCCCUGCUGGAUGAGCGGGAGCAGGCCGAGGCGGAGGCCAGCCAGGAGGAGGUCGUGGAGGAGGCGGUGGACCAGCGGCCUGCGGAAGCCGCCGGGGCCUCUGCCACCCUGAGGCUUGCCGUCCAGAGCCUGAAUGCCAGCUCGCCAGCUGACCAUACGGACGGUUACGCCGACUCGAACGGCAACACAGACACCGUCACCGAAGGCAACACAAAUGGCAAUGGCAACGAGACGUCGUCCGAGGCAGUCACGCAGUUCUAUUGGCCGGAGCCUACGGGAAGCCCCUCCCCCACGGAGGAGGAGUUUGUGAACGCGGUGGUGCCCGAGUACGAGGACUCCAACGAGCCGGGCUCGGCCAUGGAGCUGCCCGGGGAGGCGCACAUCACCCCCACCCCACUGCCCCCCAUCCUGCUGGAGCUGCGCUGGCUGCCCCCCCGGCCCCCCAGCACGUACGACGGCUUCAACAUCUACAUCUACCGGGAUGGGAACUCUACUGAAACUGCCACAGUGGACGAGAACACUCACGAGUUCUUCACCGAACUGACGGAACCGGGAACGUACCGCGUGCAGGUGGCUACUCUCAGCUCCUCCGGAGACUGUGAUGCUCGGGAGAGCAUGGCUGACACGGGAUUCACCUUCUACCUCAGCCCCAGUGGCAAGUGGCUGGAGCAGCCAACGGAGCGGCCGCACUCGGUCUACGUGCGCAUGCUGAGCUCCAGCACGGCGGCGGUCAGCUGGGCACCCUCCGCCGAGAGCCACAACGGCAGCCUGGUGUCUGUGCUGUCCCUCACCUGCCUCAAGCCCAGUCUGAGCCAGCGCAUGGAGAACACGUACUGCUCAGAGGAGAACAUCACCAGUGAUGUCAUCACAAAUCUGAUGCCAGGUGCACAGUACAGGGUGGUGGUGUACCACACCAACGGCCCUCUCAUCAGCCCGCCCUCUGAGCCAGUCAUCAUCGACAUCGAGCCAACAGGAGUGCGGGACUUGGUGGUGUACCCUCUCAGCCCCACGGCGGUCAUCCUGAGCUGGCAGAGGCCGUACCAUGUCGCUUUCCGCAAAUAUGUGCUGCAGACGUUCUUCUUCAACCCCGUCACGCUGGUAUCUGAGUGGACCACCUACUACGAGAUUGCCGCCACCGCCUCUGUCAUCGCCUCUGUGAGAGUCACUGACCUGCUGCCCGCCUGGUACUACAACUUCCGUGUUACCAUGGUGACCUGGGGUGACCCGUCCCACAGUUGCUGCGACAGCUCCACGGUGAACUUUGUCACAGCUCCAGAGGCUCCCCAUAUCUCAUCUGUAGACUACUCCCACGGUCAGCUGUACGUGCGCUGGACAUACGGUGACCUCUUCACCGACCUCUCCCACUCCAGGAUGCUGCACUGGCAGGUCGUGGCCGAGGGCAAAAAGGGGACCCGGAAACGCUUCUCCACCGAUGUGACGCGAACCAUGAUGAAAACCACAAUGGCACUGCCCCCGGGGGACAUUUACAACCUGACUGUCACUGCCUGCACCGAACGCGGACGCAACACCUCGAUGCCCCAUAUCAUCAAGCUGGAACCAGCGCCGCCAAAGUCCCUGUAUGCCGUCAACGCCACGCACACGGCCGUGACACUCCUCUGGAGUGAGGAGGGGGUUGUGGACUUUUACCAGAUCUUCUGCAAGCCGCUCGGACCCAACAAAGAACUCAAGUCCAGAGAGCCCCAGACGUCCCAGUCCCAUGUAGCCACAGUGGUGGGGCUACUGCCGGCUUCCUCUUAUAACUGCAGCGUGAUCGGGAUCAGCUACAGCACGCCCAGCGACCCAGCCUACAUCACCAUCACCACUCUAGCGAGGGAGAUGAAUCCCAGUGUGGCAGCUAUCUCGGCUCUGGCCAUCUUGAGCCUGCUUCUUAUCAGUCUGCUGGUGCUAUUCCUACUGGUACUGCGCAAGAAACACAUGCAAAUGACCAGGGAGUGUGCCGCAGAGACGUUUGUGAAUUUUGCCUCUUUCGAGAGGGAUGGCAAGAUGCCCUAUAACUGGCGAAGGAGCUUCUUUGCCUUCCUUACUCUUCUGCCAUCCUGCCUAUGGACUGACUAUCUUUUGGCUUUUUAUAUUAAUCCGUGGAGCAAGACUGCAUUAAAGAAAAGGAAACUAACAAGUCCUGUGCAGCUGGACGACUUUGAUGCCUACAUCAAAGACAUGAGCAAAGACUCGGCCUACAAGUUCUCCCUGCAGUUUGAGGAACUGAAAAGUGUGGGGUUGGAUCUCUCUCAUGACGCUGCCGAUCUUCCUGUAAACAGGCCCAAAAAUCGUUACACUAACAUCCUGCCCUAUGAUUUCAGUCGAGUCAAACUUAUCACCAUGCACAACGAUGAAGGCUUAGAUUACAUCAACGCCAACUACAUACCUGGCUACAACUCUCCACGGGAAUACAUCGCCACUCAGGGCCCGCUGCCCGAGACGCGCAACGACUUUUGGAAGAUGGUGCUGCAGCAGAAGUCCCACAUCGUCGUCAUGCUUACCCAGUGUAACGAGCGCAGAAGGGUAAAGUGUGACCACUACUGGCCUUUCACGGACGAACCGGUCGCCUACGGAGAGAUCACCGUGGAGAUGCUUUCUGAGUCGGAGUCAGCCGACUGGACAGUGAGGAACUUCAGACUGAACUAUGCUGAUGAGAGUCAGGAUUUGCUGCACCUGAACUACACGUCCUGGCCCGACCACGGAGUCCCCACGGUCAACGCCAUCGAGAACAUCCUGCAGUUUGUGCAGAUCGUCAGGCAACAGGUGAACAGGACCAAAGGGCCCAUCAUUGUCCACUGCAGUGCUGGCGUGGGUCGGACUGGAACGUUCAUCGCUCUGGACCGUCUGAUGCAGCACAUACGUGAGCACGAGUUUGCUGACGUCCUGGGCUUGGUGUCAGAGAUGCGCUCUCACCGUCUCUCCAUGGUGCAGACUGAGGAACAGUACGUAUUCAUCCACCAGUGUGUCCUGCUGAUGUGGAAAAAGAAGAAACAGCAGUCUGUCACCAGCGACGUGAUAUACGAGAACGUCUCCAAGUCAUAAUCACUAGAAGCCCCACAAAUGUUGUAACCAUUUACUCUUUCUCUCCUCCCCCUGCUGGCGUCUGUGCACUGCCGAGUAAUCAGUGAAAUCUUCAACAGCGGAAAAACCAAACGAGAAAGAGACAGAUAAAAAAAAAAACAACCCACAAACAAAACAAAACAGCCACCACAAGAACAACAGAAUACUAAAAAUUCUCUGGUGCAAGCA